AAAAUGUUUCAACCAAAAUCCAGAGAAUUUUGCUGGAUUUUGGUUGAUUUUUUUAUGUGAAUGUUCUUAAAGAAAGUAGUAGUUUUUAUUGUAAGUUUUACUGAUAUCUAUGUAAUCACUUUAGAUAUUUUUAGGAUUUUUUUGGAAGAUUUUUACUCAUUUUUUGAAGAUAUUUACAAGAUCUUUCUUUCCAAAUUUGGGGGAUUUUUUUUAUUUUUUAAUGGAACCGUUAAGGGAAGCUUUAAAGGAAUUAUUAGAAUUUUCUUGCUGAAGGUUUUGCAGAUUUAAAGUCUGAAAAUGUGUGUGUGUGUGUGUGUGUGGGGGGAGGGGGGGCAUUUUCACAAUGAAACUUCUGAUGUCAACAUUUUCAGAAAAUUUUUGAACAUUCUCUGGUAGAAAAAGAAAAGCUAAAAUGUUUCUUGAGAACAUUCACAUAAAAAUAUCAACCAAAAUCCUGCACAAUUUGCUGGAUUUUGUUAGAUUUUUGUGAAUGUUCUUAAAGAAAAUCUAAGAAGUUUUACUGAUAUAUAUGGAACCACUUUAGAUAUUUUUUGGGAUUUUUUUUUUAAGAUUUUUGCUCAUUUUUUGAAAAUAUUUACAAGAAUUUUUUUGCCAAAUUUGGGGAAUUUUUUAAAAAUAAAACUUAAAGAUAAACUUUUAAGGAAUUCUUGGAAUUUUCUUCCUGAAGGUUUUGCAAAUUUUCAGAAAUUUUGGGAUUUUUUUGCUGAAUUUUUGGAUUUUUCUCAGACAAAGAAACAACUUUUUUUAAAAACUUUUUUUGGUGCCUGUAAAUGAGGACAACAGGAGGGCAAAUGUGAGCAAAACUAGAGCUGCAUGGUGCCGCAGGAAUCAGAGUCCCUCCCCUCGAUUUUAUGACCACACAGAUUAGUGAGGGAGUGAGUAGGAGAGCGAGAGGAUGUGGCAGAGUGGUGAUGCUCUGGUACCCAGUCCUGUGCAGAGCCUGAACAACAUGCUGAGGAUUAAUCAUUCAGGACGCCUCCAUGAGCUCCACGAGAAACGUGGCCUGGAGAGGAAGAACUCCUACUUCUGUGGCUGAGAGCAGACAGGGUGGAAGAUGUUUCUGGUGACGCAAAGCUUAAAGUGGAGAGAGGAAGCUUCAACCGUUUAUUUCCAAGAAUCUGAGCAAAGGUAAGUGAGCCAAAAAAAAACCCAAAAUGUCUUCCUCUCCUGGAGUGAAGCCUCGGGAGCACGUGGACCUGCUGUACAUCUCCAUUGAGACGGCCAUAGCGCUGGCCUCGGUGCUGGGCAACGUGCUGGUGGUUCUGGUGGUGUGCCUGAACCGGGCUCUGCGGAACACCACCUUCUGCUUCAUCGUGUCGCUGGCCGUGGCCGACAUCGCCGUGGGGGUCCUGGUCAUCCCCCUGGCCAUCGUCAUCAGCCUGGGCUUCAGCACCCACUUCUACACCUGCCUCUUCCUCUCCUGCCUGCUGCUCAUCAUCACCCAGAGCUCCAUCCUGUCCCUGCUGGCCAUCGCCAUCGACAGAUACCUGCGGGUCAAGAUCCCCACCAGGUACAGCACCAUCGUGACCCAGGGGAGGGCGUACGUCGCGGUUUGUCUCUGCUGGAUCCUCUCCUUCCUCACCGGGCUGGUUCCCAUGAUCGGCUGGAACAACCGCGACGCUCGGGGAAACCUCAGCAGCUCCAGCGAGAUCGUCUGCGAGUUCACCGCCGUCAUGAGGAUGGACUACAUGGUGUACUUCAACUUCUUCGGCUGGGUGGUGGUGCCGCUGACCAUCAUGAUCGUCCUGUACGGGGAGAUCUUCAGGGUGAUCCGGCGGCAGCUCAACCGCCGGGCCGAGGCCACGUGCGACGGAGAGCGGUACUACCGGAAGGAGCUGAAGCUGGCCAAGUCGCUGGCCUUGGUGCUCUUCCUGUUCGUGGUGUGCUGGAUGCCCAUACACAUCAUGAACUGCGUCAGCUUCUUCUGCCCGACGUGCUACGUGCCCAAGCUCGCCAUGUACGUGGGGAUCUUCAUGUCCCACGUGAACUCGGCCCUCAACCCCAUGGUUUACGCCUUCAGGAUAAAGCGGUUCCGCGUCACGCUGAUCCAAAUCACUCGCCGAUGCAUGUUGUGUAAAGCUGCAGAGCCGACCCCGUGUCCCACCAGCACCCCAUGCCUCACCGAGAAAGUGGACGUAAACCCGUGAAAAGGACCGCAGCGUUUCUUUGUCGGUCGAUGUUUCCACUGGGAACACAUCAGGGAUUAUAUAAGAUAUGGACCCGAUAUGGAAUAUCAAACCGUUACUAAAAGACACAGCAAGUCAUGGGACAAGUCUUUAACCCUCCUGUUGUCCUCAUUGACGGCCACCAAAAGAUACUGCUUCCUUGUAUGAAAAAAAUUCAGUAAAAAAAAAAUCCCCCCGAAUUUCUGAAAAUUUGCAAACUUCCAGUAAUUCCUGAAAAGUUUUCCUUAAAAGUUUUAUUUUCACUGUAAAAAUAUUUUUUCCCAACAUUUUCAAACUUUAAAUUUGCAAAACCAGGAAAAUUCCAGGAAGAAUAAUUCCUUAAAAGUUUUAUUUUAAAAAAUCCCCCAAAUUUGCAAAGACAAUUCUUGUAAAUAAUUUUUAAAAAUGAGUAAAAAUCUCCCAUAAAAUCCUAAAAUAUCUAAAGUGACUACAUAUAUCAGCAAAAGUUUUAAUCUUUUCUUGCCAAAUUUGAGGGAUUUUCUUUUUUUUUUUAAUAUAUAUUUGAAAAUUUUAAGGGAAACUUUUCAGGAAUUAUUGGAAUUUUCUUCCUGAAGGUUUUGAAAAUUUAAAGUUUGAAAAUGUGGGAAAAAACAAUAUUUUCACAGCGAAACUUCUGAUGUCCACAUUUUCAACAUUUUUGGGAAAUUUUUUGAACAUUUUUUGGUGGGAAAAAUGUUCAAAAAAAUGUUUAAGAACACCCCCCCCCCACCACCACCACCAAAAAAACCCCGACCAAAAUCUAGUAAAAUUCACUGGAUUUUGCUCGAUUUUUUUGGCUAAUGUUCUUAAACAUUUUUAACAUUUCUUUUUUUUCCACCAAUAAUUUCCCAAAAAUGUUGGAAAUGUGGACAUCAGAAGUUCUGCUGUGAAAAUAUUUUCAAACUUUAAAACGAGUCGAUUUGACUCGUACAAUGACAACGGUUAAAAAAAAACAAAAACAAAAAACAGAUCUUGCAACCAGAGGAGCCAAUAUUAUCCCCGUCUGUCUGCAUUAUUUUGUUUUCCCUCAGUGCUUCCUGAAUCGAUUCAUGUUGAAUUCUAACAUAAUAAGUGAUACAACAAACAUUUCAUGCUCUAAAAGGUCGAUGGUAAAAAUAAAGAUGAGUAGUUUCUUCAA